GCCAGGACUGCCCUUGCCAUGUGGCUGAUCACACUGCUCACCCUCUGCUGUCUCACUGCAGGCUCCUGCAGGGAAGCCCCAGAUUUCUGUUCCCAGGACCUUAACUUGAGUAUUCAGCCAGGAUCUCCCAUACCAAUAGAAACCAACAACCCCAGAGUCCUCAAAGCAGCCAGGUACAGCGUGGAACGGUUCAACAACUGUACCAAUGACAUCUUCCUGUAUAAGGAGGCCCACAUCAGCAGAGCCAUGGUGCAGGUGGUGAAUGGCCUUAAGUUCAUGCUAGAGAUGCAGAUCAGGAGGACCACAUGCAGGAAGACUGCGCACCCAUCUCUGGACCAUUGUGACUUCCAAACGAGCCCUGCUCUGCAGCAGACUCUGUGGUGCUACUCUGUGGUCUGGGUCAUCCCUUGGCUCCAGUGGGUCCAGGUGCCUGUGCUCCGUUGCACUGACUUCCGCCUGUGGAUACAGCAUGUGCUGUGGACACCUGUAUCCCCAGUCCCGAGGUCAUGGCCCCAGCUGCCAGACAGAAGCACAGUGGAUCCUAAUAGAGGCCUGAGGCAGCACAAUGACAGCUCGACAGUCCAGCUGUCCUGAUGUCCUCUAAGAUCAGUUUCACUGCUGCAGUGGCCCUGGAUUUGGUUCUGGGAUGGGUGGUACUGGGGGACCCCACUCUGGCCAAAAGCCCAAAUCCAUCUGCUGGUCUCAGCCACUAGGAUCACAGCUCCAGUGAAAGACCAGGCAUGCUUCGGAUCUUGACCUUUCCUAGGCAAAUUCAGGAAUGAAAACAGAGCUGAUGACUCAAAACAA